AUGUCCUCACAAGGGCCCAAUCCCCUGCGCCCGUACUAUAUCCCGCCAGCCAUGGGACUGGAGGUCACCCACGCCACGUCCCCUCCAGAUGCGUCAUCGGCCCAGGUGUUUGGCAGUUCGGCGCGCGAUCUGCUGCCGGAUCUGGAUUACUCGGAUUAUUUGGACAAUUCGCCGUCCAUCUCUAGCUGGCUGAGGGAUGCCUUGGACCGGUCCAUCUGGCGCUACACCAGCGUCUUGUCUGCGCAGCCUUUCGACGUCGCUAAGACCAUCCUGCAGACCUACGUUGUCCCCGAUGCCUCGGAGGGUCAUUGGCCGAAGGAUGAGCGACGGAGAUCAGGGGCCAGUGCCCGGGGGAAUCCGUAUGAUAGCAGUGGUGACGGGGAGGACAGCGAGGACGAUGAGUCUCUCUCGGACGAUGAGAGCAGUUAUUUCACAUCCGCUGCGCCGGCGGAAUCUUCACCAUUGAAUUCACGGUCUCGAAGGCCUCGACGCCAUAUCACCGACCGCAGCGGCUAUAUCCCAUCGUCGACGCCCUCACCCCGACACGCCUUGACGAUCAAGAACCCGUCCUCCUUGAUGGACGUGCUGUCCCAGCUGUGGACGACCAGCGGAGCGACCUCGCCAUGGAAGGCCACCAAUGCGACCUUUAUCUACUCUCUGCUGCUUCCCACCCUGAACACCUUCAUCCGGAGUCUUCUGUCCGCCAUUGUGGGAUUGCCCGAGGAGGAUAUCUCGUCCUCCAUGGCGACCGACAUCCUCAUGUCGACAUCCCCGCUCGCCACACUGCUUCUGUCCUUCAUCUCGACCUCCCUGUCGGCGAUUCUGCUAUCGCCCAUUGAUACCGCGCGUACAUUCCUCAUCCUCACACCCGUCACCCACGGGCCCCGCUCGCUGCUGCGGGCCAUUCGACAGAUCCCGACCCCCAACUGCACAGUCCCUCCUCACCUGGUCCCCAUCACCAUCCUCCACUCGAGUCUGCCGAAUUUCAUCACCACGACUACCCCGCUGGUCCUGAAAUCGUACCUGUCGCUCGAUCCAGUCCUGAACCCGUCCAUGUGGAGUCUGUUCACCUUCCUGGGCUCCGGUCUCGAGCUGGCCGUUCGGUUCCCGCUGGAGACCGUCUUGCGCCGUGCCCAGAUCGCCACCUUCACCUCCCCCAGCAUCCGACAGCAAUGUGCCGGCACACCGCGUGCCUCCUCCCUGACGCCUCCUUCCGAGGUCGAGACCAUCGUCCCGACCCCGCGGACCUACCGCGGCAUCGUAGGCACCAUGUGGGGAAUUGUUUACGAGGAAGGCUCACUGGUACCAUCGGAGGCGGAACGAGCACAGGAGGUGCUCAAGAAACCCCUGGCGCUGCGCAAACGACAUGGCCAGGGCAUCCAAGGUCUCUAUCGUGGCUGGAGAAUCGGCAUGUGGGGGAUCGCGGGGAUCUGGGGGGCCAGUCUCCUGGGAAAUGCAGGUAAUGGGGACGAAGAGAUGAUGACGGUGAGGAGAUUUUAA